UAACCCUCCAACCUCACAACUGUACAACAACUCUGUUCUCCGUGCCGCCCCUGAACGCCUCCCCUCCCCCCUCUGUUUGCAGCAACAGUACACAAGUAGCGGACUUAGCAUCAGGAUAGCAUCCAGUGUUAGCAUCAGGGUUAGCAUGGCGCUCGGCUCUGCAGGAGUUCCCUUCUCUCUCCCGCUUCCUCUCCAUGUUAUCUGCUGUUUCACCAUCUGACUCGAGUGUUGAUAAACUCCAGCCCACAUUAGAGCCCUAUCCCCGGGGUAACAGCAGGCUUUGUCCCGGUGGUCCUCCGGAGAAGAGAGGACAGUUUUCCAGACGGAUCGCUAACGAGCAGCAAGAAAGCAAAGAAAAAAAGAGAGAAGAAUUGGGCCAAAAAGUGGGAGUUUUUCUGAGCUGAUGCCGUUGCCAUGGCCACAGCGGCGGGAUGGGAGUGACGUGAUGGAUCUACUUCCUGCUUGCUCACUGACCCUCCUCAUCCUCGCAUCUUCCUGCUGAACGGUGAAGAUGGACGAGUCGAUGCUGUUGGACCUGCUCGAGUGUCCCGUGUGCCUGGAGCGUCUGGACGCCACGGCCAAGGUUCUGCCAUGUCAGCACACCUUCUGCCGCCGCUGCCUGCAAAGCAUCCUGGGAUCUCGCGGCGAGCUGCGCUGCCCCGAGUGCCGGACGCUGGUGGAGUGCGGCGUGGACGAUCUGCCCAGCAACAUCCUGCUGGUGCGGCUGCUGGACGGCAUCAAGCAGCGGCCGCGCAGGGCAGGGGGGCCGGGGGUCUGCACCAACGGGACGUCUGGAGCCGUGGCGAGGGCGCCUGGCGGGGGAACACGGGACCAGAACACGCCGGGGGCCCAACCUCAGAGAGCCACCGCCAAGAGUACCCUCGUACGGGCUGUUCCCCAGCUGCCCUGUGCCAAGGCACUCUACAACUACGAAGGCAAGGAGCCAGGGGACCUCAAGUUCAUCAAGGGCGACAUCAUCAUCCUGCGCCGGCAGGUGGACGAGAACUGGUACCACGGGGAGAUGGGGGGGGUACAUGGCUUCUUCCCGACCAACUUCGUGCAGGUCAUCAAGCCGCUGCCGCUGCCCCCCCCUCAGUGCAAAGCCCUGUACGACUUUGAGCUGAAAGACAAGGAGGCGGACAAAGACUGCCUGCCCUUCUCCAAGGACGACAUCCUGACAGUGAUCCGCAGAGUGGAUGUGAACUGGGCGGAGGGGAUGCUGGGAGAUAAGAUUGGGAUUUUCCCCAUCUCGUAUGUGGAGUUUAACUCUGCGGCCCGUCAGCUGAUCGAGUUGGACAAACCGUCAGAGUCCAGCGGUGACUCGGGGGAGGGGGCCUCCUCGGGGCCCCAGAGCAACGGGGCCCAGCGAGCGGGAGAGAAGAAGAACAGCAAGAAGAGACAUUCCUUCACCUCCCUCACCAUGUCCCACAAACCCAUGCUGGCCCCGCCCCCCCAGCGCCACUCCAUGGAGAUCAGCGGCCCGGUGCUCAUCAGCUCCAGCAACCCCACUGCAGCCGCCCGCAUCGGGGAGAUCAGCGGGGGGCUCUCCUGCAGCGCACCCUCACAGGUUCACAUUUGCACAACUGGACUCAUCGUGACCCCGCCCCCCAGCAGUCCUGUUACCACGGCAACUGUCUUCACGUUUCCCUCGGAGUCGAGCUACACCUCCAUCUCCGUGGAUGCUCUCCCGCCUCCCCCCCCACCUCCCCCUCAGUCCUCUGUCGAUGGCGCUGCGUUCUCAUUGGCUGCCGGUCAGAGACCCUCCCCCAGCGUCAGUGAGCAGAGCGGCAGACAGAGACCCACAGUCUACGUGGCCAUGUUCCCCUACGCCCCCCGUAAGGAGGACGAGCUGGAGCUGAGGAAGGGAGAGAUGUUCCUGGUUCUGGAGCGCUGUCAGGACGGCUGGUUCAAAGGAACCUCCAUGCACACCGGCAAGAUUGGAGUGUUCCCCGGGAACUACAUGAGCCCCGUCAGCAGGACGGUGUCGGGGACCACGCAGCCCAAAGUGCCCCUGAGCCUGGUCACGCAGGCGAGCCGAGGGGUCACCAUCGUCAGCCCCUCGUCCGUGGCCCUCACUGCUGCAGUGGCUCCAGACUCACUCAAAGGCCCUCAGCCUGCCCCCCCCCCUCCUGCAGCGCAGACAGCUACCGGACAGCAGCCCAAAGUCCCCCCCCACGUCAGCUCGCAGAUGACCGUCAACCAGGCGCGCAGCGCCGCCAGGACAGCAGCGUGUCAAAGCCAGGACCGGCCUGCGGCGUCAGUGACCCCCCUGCAGCCGCCGCCCCCCGGUUCUUACCUCCCCCACCUCACCCUGCAGCCCUCCCCCGCCCAGUGCUGCAGCCGGGGAGGGGCGGCCAUGGGCUGCGCUGCCACCUCUCUGACCCCCCCCAACGUCAGCGCUGCGUCCCUGGAGGGCGACGUCCUGAGACCCCUGGCCGUCCUCAGCGUCUCCGGGAACAGCAGCGCCGCUCUGAACCCCCCCUCCGGCAGCAACGCCCCCCCCUUCAGACUGGACAAGGACGGCAAGAGAGAGAAGAAGAGCCUCCUGAAGCUGCUUUCCAAUAAGAAGAAGCCCCGCCCCUCGCCGCCCUCCUCCCCCACGCUGGAGGCGGAGCUAGCUGCUGCAGGUGAGGGUCCUCACGGCGCCAUGGGCCCUGACUCUGCCCUCCCCUACUCCUCCGGCAGCCUGGAGCCCGAACCCAUCGCUCCAGAGGUCUCCCAUCGGAAGAGUGGCCCCCUGGAGGGAGGGGCUCCCAUCGCGCCUCCCCCACGCCAGCCCUGCUCAUCCCUCGUCUCCCAGCACCAAGACGCCCGGCCCAUCAUCUGUGAGAGGUACAGGGUGGUGGUGUCCUACCCCCCCCAGAGCGAGGCGGAGCUGGAGCUGAAGGAGGGCGACAUCGUGUUCGUUCACAGGAAGCGGGAGGACGGCUGGUUCAAAGGAACGCUGCAGAGGAACGGCAGGACCGGCCUGUUCCCCGGCAGCUUCGUGGACAGCAUCUGACCCCCGAUGAGAGAGAGCAUGCUGGGAUGCGCCACCUCUGACACUUUAAAAGGAGGCGGGAGCUGCAGACGGGAAGUGGCGCUGGACAGUGAGAGGAGCGACUCCUGCACUUGUUGUUAUUUAUAUCUGUGGCCCGGCUGUGGAUGUGUGCCUUGCUCUGUUCCUCACUUUACUGUACAUAAGGACACAGAGAGGAUCAGUCCAGAUCCACCUGAGCGGUUCCUGUUAACUUAUUCCACUCCGCAGACCGGCCUGUCUCUGCUGCAGCCGGGGUUCAAAGGAACGAUGCAGCUCUAAAAGAUCCUCUGAUCCUUGGGUCUUCUCCUCGGGUCCUCUCCUCGGGUCCUCUCCUCGUGUUGCUUUGGAUUCAACGAGAGAAAAGUCUCAAUGAACUGAAGCGAAACCGAAUGAAAACAUGCUUUACAAACUCAUUCUUUGCUCUGUUUGCUCGUUUUGUGUAAGUGGAUGCAUGAUGAGGGUUUAUAAAAUGCUAAAAACACACAGAGAAACUCAGAGACGACUUCAAACAGCCAGAGAGGACACAAGGAGACAUGAAUGCACUCAAAAUAGAUGCAAACCCCCACAGAGAGAUGCAAAACAACAACAAACACACUCAAAAGGGUAAAAGUGUAAAAGAAACUGCAGCAGAUGCAGAUGGACCCACGAGAGACCCACAAUGACUACCAGAGCUCCACAGAAAGGGUUCAGAGCGAGUCAGUGGUUUUCAGCACUACUCCACAAACGCAUGAAUAACAGAAAGCGUGCACAGAUGAGUCGAGUGCUGGCCCGUGUGUUUGGUGAAGUGAUAAUGGAAUGGAUAAAUGAUGUCAGAGUUUGUAGACAUGUUUUCAUAAAGGUUUAAACCCGUUUCCUUUAAGAGAUGAAAUGCAACGUGGGGCAGAGACGCACAGCUGAUCAGAGCCAGCCUCCUCCUUUAGGCCGGCGCGUGCCUUACAGCAGUCUGACGUUCCUCCUGCUGGUCUUAUCUUUGUUUCUGAAGAGCAGGGUUCUCCGAUGCAGCAACACGCCACUGCUAGUGCUUUACAGACGGAACAUAUCCCCCCCCCCCAAAGGCAUUACCUGGAUCUGCCUGUACUGCACAUCAUUAGAUGUCUCUGCAGGUUCACAGCCGACCUGCAGAGCUUCAGCAGGAGUGUGCACGUGCUGCAGGAGUGUGCACGUGCUGCAGGACUUCCUUUUUAUAGAAUGCGUAAAGCUCUCCUGAAUCUGCAGCCACAUGUUGCUUGACUUUCUGAGCUGCGACGCCUCCCUGCACACACUCCGGUUCUGUUGGUCACACACUCCGGUUCUGUUGGUCACACACUCCGGUUCUGUUGGUCACACACUCCGGUUCUGUUGGUCACACACUCCGGUUCUGUUGGUCACACACUCCGGUUCUGUUGUUCAGACUCCUGAGGCUGCUCUGACUACGCCAUGAACCCGCCUGCACACAUCAGCACAGCUGCAACAGAAAGAUAACCUCCACACUUUUGAAUUAUUGCUUAAAAUGUGAGUCAUUUCUCACAAAUAGACGUCAGAAUCUGCAGUUUUCAGCCCCUAAAAUAUGCUGCUUUUCUCAGUUUUAAAUCCUAUUAACCGACAUACAUGUAAACACGUCACCUUGGACUUAAACAAGCUUAGGUUAAUCUGCAACCCUGCUUCAAGCAGACUCAGUUUUUGUAACUCAUUCCUAUCGUGACUUGUGGCAAUACAUCGCAGCUAGCUGACGUGGCGCUCCACAGGAAGCGCUUCGACCCCCUUGAUUUCUUUCUAUUGUAUUAUUUAGUGGUCGGGUUUUGUUGUACAUUAUACAAAGGUUUAAAUACUGUAUUGACUUGAAUGACUGUAUGUGAUUGAAGGGGACCGGGUCAUAGUUUUGGUGCCUGGUAAACUAUGGAGGCCAACAGGUGCUAACGCUCUACAACGGCCCAGACCUCUUUCGUUAGCGGAAAACUGCUGUUCCAGAGAGGAUGCAGAUAUAGAAACUCAGAUCAGAACUCAGAAACAUCUGCAGCAACUCUUCAACACAUGCAGCAGCUUCUUGCAGCGUUUGGUUUCUGCAGCCUCAGUAAACGCUGCUCAUGUUUCCUCUGCUGAAUGUUCUCUAGAUGCUGCAUGUGUUGAAGAGCUGCUGCAGAUGUUGCUGCAUGAGUUUCUAUAUCUGCAUCCUCUCUGAAGCUGUUCCUCCUGAUGGAAGAGGUCUGGGCCGUUGAAGCGUGUUUGCGCCUGUCGGCCUCCGUAGGAAACCUUUCCAAACUAAAAUAUCGGGGGAAUAGGGUCACGUUCUCCUACUGUUUUCUCUAAAUUGAUUGGGACAAAUGAUGAAGUAUUCCUAUAGCCUCAGUGGAGCCCACUGCAUUAAUGUGACUUCUCCUCCGUCUGUGAGAUUGAAACUCUUUGAUUCGAGGCUGAGUCCUAGCUUAGUAGCUUGUAGUCUGUCGUUGAGGGACCACUGUGUAACUGACUGCUGGAAUAUGUUGUAGUGUGUUUGAAAUGAUGGAGGCGAUGGUACGAAUCACUGUUAGGGCCUCUUCAUUGUUAUUAUCCUUUCUGAUUUGUAGAUCUGGCGUUGCAUCGUUGUCUUGGCGCAGCGACCUCAGGCGCUCAGCAGUGAGCUUCCCUUCACUGUAAGCCUUUAGUACUCACACUAAUGCACUAUAUCACUAAUAACCUGACGUAUCAAGCAUAGGCUGCACACAUGAAGCAUUUCUCACAGGUAAACUCUAUUGCAGUUAUUGCACCACAGCUCUAACAGGCGUCCUCAUGCCAAGGUGACUUACUUGAUUUUGUACCUGUCUGUAGUUGGUCUGUUGUGCGUCUGAAAAUGAUGAAACUGAAAUUUGGCACAAAUCUAUCGUGUGAAAAACAUUCUGAAAUAUUUGAAAAAUAAAACUCUAUAACAAUAAAAGCUAAUGGUUUCCAUAA